AACGUGAGCACAGAAACGCAUGCGCAUUUCCUUAAACAUGUCUGCGCCCAUACUCGCACGGGGGUGAGCAAGUUCGGUGGCGACUCGUGGCAUCUUCAAACUAACCGUACAGGAUGUCUGAUAUAGAGACAGCGACCUGCAACGAGUUAGAAAAGUCUGAAAGUGAAAUCCAGGAUGAGGGCUUGUUGUCAGAGAAAGAAGAGGAGAAGAAUUUGACAAAGAAAAAGAUUGUACCAGGAAUCAUUUAUCUCGGCCACAUCCCACCAAGACUGAGACCUAAACAUGUGCGAAACAUGCUGGGGGUUUAUGGAGAAAUAGGGAGGAUAUUUUUACAACCUGAAGAUUAUGCAAUCAGGAAAAAGAAGACGAGUGCAGGUUCCAGGGGGAAGACAUUCACCGAGGGAUGGGUAGAAUUUAAGGACAAGAGGGUGGCCAAGCUUGUGGCUGCCACUCUCAACAGGGCACCCAUGGGGGCACGCAAGAGGAGCCGGUUUCAUGAUGACCUUUGGUGUAUUAAGUAUCUGCACAGGUUCAAAUGGUUUCACCUCAGUGAACGCUUAGCUUAUGAGAAGGCUGUACGUCAGCAGCGUAUGAGAGCAGAAAUUGCACAGGCCAAGCGAGAAACCAAUUUUUACUUGCAAAAUGUCGAGAAAAGCAAGAACAUUGAAAAGCUUAGAGAAAAGAGGAAAAAGACUGGGCAGGAGUUUGAAGAGAAAAGCUGGAACUUCACACAGAGACAAACAGAGGAGGAGAUCCAGAAGGCUAAACAGACAGCCAAGCUGGGCAAGAGUCAGAAGCAGCAGAUGAAGAAGGCCAUGGCCAAGGUCCAGGAGUUUGAGAAGAAGUCACAUUCAAAUGUGUCCUUGCUUGCCAAGAUCUUCAAUCCAAGCAGCAGUAAGCAGGAUUAGAAGUGUGCAAUUUAUUCAUAUGCAGAGACUGUUAGAAAAUAAACCAAAUGUAUGUAUGCAUCUACACAGAGAAGGCGGUGAACAUACCAGUAAAUUAUAUUAGCAAGAAGGUUUUCUGUAAUGUGUAACAUUAAAAAUCUGGAAAGCCUACAACACAGGCCUUAGUUGGGGGGAAACAAAGUCUGUUAUUCUUCAAGGUGGUUUUUUUUUUUUAUUUUUUAAAUCUACAAACUUCAGUCAGCGAGGGUCUCGAGGUAAUGUGAUACACACAAUCCAAUGACAGGACGUAAAACAACUGGAGUCUUUACUUAAUAGUCAGGCAAUUGGUGAGUUAGCAAUAUCAGUGUGCUUGAACCCAAUACGUGGAGGAUGAAUUGGUUAUUUACAAAUGUGAUAAGGAUGAAGCACUUUACCUGUAGAUUAUCAUAUGUAUGGUAAAGAUUUAAAUGGCCUAGAAACUAACCUAGAACUUGAGAGGCCCAGGUUUAACAUGUAUCUUUUUACCAAGUAUAUACUGAAUAAUUCCUGCAUUAGAUAGAAACUUGUUUUAAAGCUUUAGUUUCUGAAUUCUUUCAGUUUGUCUUGUAACUGCAGUGUUAGCCAGUCAGUGACUUUAUUCUUAGUAAUGUUAAGAGCCAUCAGUCCUACGUCAGACCUAAUUAAUCAUCACUUUGGCUAUGCAGCAUAGCCUGACAAAUGCCACAUCUGAAGAAAUUUGUUGUGACCCUGCCACACAAAUGUAGGGGAGUUGUAGUUCUGAAAUGGUUCAAAUGGACAAUAGGCCCUAAACCGGCUGAGAAAUGGCUGCUUGACAGUAGCCUCACUAACCAAGAAAGUGCUCAUCACAAAGCCAUUUGCCAUGUGUUUUGGUGUGCUUUUAUGUCGGAGCUGCCCCUGUCCAGCCAUGUUGGCAGUCUGAACUACAAAAGAGUGGCUGGUUGGUGAAAGAUGACAUCCAGUUAAUGACGAGCUGUCACUCCUCAGUAUGUCAUAGAUGUGACUCACUGUGGUGGAGGGAGUGUGACAUCGAGAAGGUGCGUGACAUGGCUGGUCAGUAUGUUCUGCACUCAACUGGCAUUGUGUGAGUAGUUUUCCAGGGGGUUUGCCAACACACCCUCUUCACUUCCUUCAGCCUCCCACAAUUUCUGUUCACAUGUUCACUUGUGCAGUAACAUAGAAGAAAUUGGGCAGCCACAGCUGUUUGGGCUUGUAUCUUUAGAAUUAAUGAAGAAUUGUAUAGAUCAUUUUUUAUGUUUAAUACAAAUUUUUAUAUUUGUUUGUUCUCAAUGUGUAAUAGAACUAAUAUCAAUACAAACUUAUAAGGCCUUAAUGGAGGAAAUAGUUUUUUCUUUUUUUUUAUGGAUUUAGUCAUGAACUGCAAGAGCUAGCUUCUUAUUCUGGAACUGGUUGCAGUGAAAACCUGGAGCCAUUCCAGCCCCCAGAAGUGGAGUUUGAACAGAUGUUGUAGUACCCCAAAACACACUCCUCAGCACACCAGACAAUCUAACAUACUGUAUUUUCUUUUUCUGACAGCAUUGUGUUUUAUGAUCAGGGGAAGCUCACUUUGUCCUGUUAACUGGCAGUAGGUUACAUGCAGUUUAAGGGUUGGGGUCUACAUGCGCCAAAGCAACACACAUUAGCAGCAGCGGUUGGCUACUAGUUAGGAAAAUGGCUACAAUGAAACCCUGCAGCCACAGUGGCCCACCGGGAAUGGACUUUGAGACCCCUGACUUAUACAUGCAGCCUGCUGCUCUGGUGGGGUAUUUCGGCUCAUUCAGUACUUACAGCAGAACUCUAUUCCUUAGAAAUCAAGGGGGCACAUUCACCGUGACUCCAGGGGUCAACUCUAACAAACCUCCUGAAGUAACCACCAGCUGUGUACUAAGUUGGGGACUAGUUAGUGUGGAACAUUCUGGAAAUCACCUACAGUAUGAGCUCAUUGCGGUAUUGUUAUAAAGUACAUCAACUGAUGACCAUUACGGGUUUUAUUUUUAACGCAAUAGGAAAUUACACACAGUUCAAAGACAUGCAGGUUAGAUGCAUUGGCGAUCCUAAAUUGUCCCCUGUGUGUGCUUGGUGUGUGUGUGUG